GGGGUUCAAGCUACGCAUCUGUGACAAUACCGUCGGCGUCGUCAUCGUCGCAUGCGCACAUCCCACGUGGUUCGAUCUUCUUCGGUUAUGAUCAACAGCACAAACUCGAAGAUCUCUGACUUAUCACGUCAUUCAACAUGAAUAUCGCUUGGGAGUGCCGUGAUCAGGCCGACCAGGCCGAGAUCUACUACAAUCAUCCCCUUCGUACUAAAGUUAGACGUCUCGAGGAUGAAAACCUAGCCUUGAAGCGAAUGCUUCGCGAGAACGGCAUAUCAUGGCAAGCUCGAUCCAAGCCCUCCCAGACACACAACGGACGCAUCACCCGCUCUUCGGGCAAGGUCGGCUGCAGACCUCUUCCGCACAUACCAGUGGAGAUCCAGCUUCGAAUCUUGUUCUUUGCCAUGACUAGCCCGCAACCCAUCGUCGAUCCGCUCUGCAAGACCAAGUCGGAGCACCUUCUUGUUCAAGAGAAGGUCAAAUCUAACCAGAUCGCAAUUCACUUUCUAGCCACAUGUAAGGCCUACCACGCCGAAGGUACCAAGUUCUUAUGGAAAAACAAUUCCUUCGUAUUCACCACCCCGGAGGCACUUCGAAAUUUUGCCGAGGUCCCUUUCAAGUUCCGAGAGGAUAUCAAAGAUAUCAAUCUACGCAUUAUUGCUAAGUUCUACGACGACGAGAAUCGCACUCGGAAGAUUAGUCGUAACCACCACCCAGACCUCAAGAAGGCUGUUCCCCUGACCGUUCACAGAAGGCCGAAGGAGAACACACCCGCUCGCCGCGGCUUUCGCACUUACGGCUGGUAUCAGCUAAUCGAUUUUCUGAUGGCGAUGCAGCCACCCUACGAUCCUUCUCGAGUCUCAGUGACCACGCCGCUGACUCCGAUGCCGAGGUUGCUCCCGUCUCUCGAGAAGCUCCGUAUUGAUUUCGUGAAUUUCGGUUCGAACAUGUUUGGCGGACCGCCCGCACAACUUCACGAUCUUGCUUCUCACCAGUUCGGAUGCACUUUGAACGAGUUAGUACUUACGGGCUUGCCAACCGAUGAAGCCGGGGAGCGUGUAUGCAACGAACUUGCUGGUCUUUUGAAGAACGAAGGCCUGCUCAUCGACCACGCGCCUACCAUGGUUGCCCUCAGGAACAGCAUACGUCCUCUCACCUGUGAUACUGUCGAGUGUCACUAUUCGUCCAAGGUUGUUCGAGCGGCGGGGGAAAUCGACUUGAACCCGUAUGUGCACGGUGACGAGUUUCAUGCGCAUUCUUUCGGACUCGAAUUUCCUCCCGCACCCAAGGACGAAGGCGAGCCGCCCUUCUCCUUUUACCACUCCUGUCGAACGAUAUGGAAGAAGGUUCCGGUUAAGCUCGAUGGGGACGAACGCAAGUGGGAACUUUUCGAUAGAAUCAGCGGCCAGCCAUGGGUUGAUGUGGAAGACGAGGCAACGAUGUACGACUGCGCACCGAUUGGGGAGCCGGAUAAUGGUAUUGUCUGCGACAACUGCGGCGAAGUCCAUCCUGGAGCAAUCCCACCUGAGGACUUGAUAGAGGAUAUCUUCGGCAUUGAUCUUUAA